GACUCAGGAGAGUGGCAGUAAGGAGCGGUAUCAUUGGCAGACGCAAAAUGUGCGCCAGAGCGGUGUGGACGAUAUGGUCCUCCUAUCCAAGAUCACGGAAGAAGCGAUUGUGGACAAUCUGAAGAAACGCUAUAUGGACGAUUACAUCUUUACAUACAUCGGCCCUGUACUGAUUUCUAUUAACCCUUUCAAGCAGCUGCCGUAUUUUACAGAUCGAGAAAUUGAGAUGUAUCAGGGAGCGGCUCAGUAUGAAAACCCACCGCAUAUCUAUGCUUUGGCUGACAACAUGUACCGCAAUAUGCUUAUAGAUGGGGAGAACCAAUGUGUGAUUAUCAGUGGUGAAAGUGGAGCAGGAAAAACAGUAGCUGCUAAAUAUAUUAUGGGAUAUGUCUCAAAGGUGUCUGGUGGAGGCCCAAAGGUUCAGCAAGUGAAAGACAUCAUCCUCAAAUCCAACCCUCUCCUUGAGGCAUUUGGCAAUGCUAAAACCGUGCGGAACAACAACUCGAGCAGAUUUGGAAAGUAUUUUGAAAUCCAGUUCAGCCGUGGAGGAGAACCAGAUGGAGGGAAGAUAUCAAACUUCCUGCUGGAGAAGUCACGAGUUGUCAAUCAGAACGCAGGGGAAAGAAACUUCCACAUCUUCUAUCAGCUGUUGGAAGGAGCGACAGCUGAGGAUCGGGAGAAUCUUGGUAUAACAUCACCUGAUUACUACUUGUACCUCAAUCAGUCGGCUAUAUACAAGGUGGAAGAUGUAAGCGACAAAGAGGAGUUUGCAGAAACCAUGGCUGCGAUGGAUGUGGUGGGACUGCCUUUCGAAGCUCGGGCUUCUGUUCUCCAGUUGGUGGCUGGAAUCCUCCACCUGGGCAAUAUUGCCUUCAAAGAGAGUGGAAACUAUGCAAUGGUGGAGAGCCAGGACUUUCUGGCAUUUCCAGCGUACCUGCUUGGCAUCGACCAGGAGAGGUUGCAGGAGAAGUUAACAAGCCGAAAGAUGGACAGUAAAUGGGGUGGGAAGUCAGAAGUAAUUGAUGUCACUCUGAAUGUGGAGCAGGCCUCUUUUACACGUGAUGCUCUCUCCAAAGCGCUCUACUCUCGGCUCUUUGAUUACCUUGUAGAGGCUGUCAAUAAAGCAAUGAGGAAGGAAAAGGAAGAAUAUAACAUUGGGGUACUUGAUAUAUACGGCUUUGAGAUAUUCCAGAAAAAUGGUUUUGAACAAUUCUGCAUAAACUUUGUGAAUGAGAAACUCCAGCAGAUCUUCAUCGAGCUGACCCUGAAAGCUGAGCAGGAAGAGUAUGUACAUGAAGGAAUACGGUGGAAUCCGAUCGAGUAUUUUAACAACAAGAUAGUCUGUGACCUUAUUGAAAAUAAAGUGAGCCCGCCUGGUGUAAUGAGUAUUUUGGAUGAUGUUUGCGCCACAAUGCAUGCGAAGGGGGAGGGUGCGGAUCAGACCCUGCUUCAGAAACUACAGUCUGCGGUGGGAAAUCACGAACAUUUCAACAGCUGGAAUAAAGGAUUUAUUAUCCAUCACUAUGCUGGCAAGGUCUCUUAUGAUGCUAAUGGAUUCUGUGAAAGGAACCGAGAUGUUCUAUUUUCUGACCUGAUUGAGCUGAUGCAGAGCAGUGAAAUACCUUUCAUCAGGGAAAGAUUCCCAGAAAACCUCAACGCUGAUAAAAAAGGACGCCCCAGUACAGUCAGCAGCAAAAUCAAGAAACAAGCAAAUGACCUGGUCCAGACCUUGAUGAAAUGCACUCCCCAUUAUAUCCGGUGCAUCAAGCCUAAUGAGUCCAAAAAACCACGGGACUGGGAGGACAGCAGGGUGAAGCAUCAGGCUGAGUAUUUGGGGCUCCGGGAGAACAUUCGUGUGCGGCGAGCUGGAUACGCUUACCGACGAAUUUUCCAAAAGUUCCUGAACAGAUAUGCUAUAUUGACACGGGAGACCUAUCCAGUGUGGAGGGGUGAUGAGAAGAAAGGAGUCUUACAUCUCCUUAACUCUGUCAAUAUGGAAUCCGAUCAGUACCAACUGGGGAAGAGCAAAGUGUUUAUAAAAGCUCCAGAGUCUCUUUUCCUGUUAGAGGAGAUGCGGGAGAGGAAGUACGAUGGCUUUGCUCGUGUGAUUCAGAAAGCCUGGCGUAAACACACGGCUGUGCGCAAAUACAUUCGCAUGAGAGAGGAUGCCUCUAGUAUUGUCCUGAACCAGAAAGAACGGCGUAGAAACAGCAUUAACCGUAACUUUGUGGGUGAUUACAUCGGCAUGGAUGGACGCCCUGAACUCCAGCAGUUUGUGGGGCGCAGAGAGAGGAUCGAUUUUGCAGACAUAGUGAUAAAAUAUGACCGCAGGUUCAAGACACUGAAGCGCGACAUGGUCUUGACCCCCAAGUUCCUGUAUCUGAUUGGUCGGGAGAAAGUGAAGCAGGGACCAGAGAAAGGUCAGAUUAAAGAAGUCUUAAAGAGGAAGAUCGAACUACAGAGCAUCCAGUCUGUCUCCCUAAGUUGCCUACAGGAUGACUUUAUCAUUAUACAUGAGGCACAGUAUGACAGUGUCCUGGAGACAGUGUUCAAAACAGAAUUCUUGAGUCUACUGUACAAACGCUAUGAAGAAAGGACACAGAAGAAGUUGCGACUUGCAUUCAGCAAUCAGUUAGAGUUUAAGGUGAAGAAGGAAGGAUGGACUCCAUGGGGCUCGGCUGGAACGCGGCAGAUACAAUUUCAGCAAGGAACGGGGAACAUAGCCCUACUGAAGAUGAGUGGAAAGGUUAUGGUGGUUACAAUCGGGCCAGGAUUACCUUCAAACUCCCGGCCUACGCGGAAGGACACCAGAAAGAGUGUAUAUCUGGAUGGCCGUAACCAGCAACAUACUGGCCACCAGCCUAAAGGAACACAAAGGCAAAAUGGGGGCAAUAAAAAGAGCUCCCGUCCACCCAUGGUCCAGAGAAUGUCUUUCACAUCACGGCAGAGCAGCAUAGACCAGCCAUCAUUACCCAGACAGGGGGCCAGCCCUCGAGCCAAAGCACCACCUGCAGAGAUGGAUCUCCGUUUCAUGAAUGUGCCUGAUAUGGGUGUAGCAGGGAUACAAAGACGCCUUUCCAAAGAAGUAAAACCAGUACCAGGAGGCGGCAGAUCGAAACCCGUGCCAAAACCCAAACCACAACCUGGUUUCCCCCGCUGCCGAGCACUGUAUGCAUACGACGCACAGGAUACAGAUGAGCUGAGCUUUAAUGCUAAUGAUGAGCUGGAGAUUGUGAGAGAAGAUCCUUCAGGCUGGUGGCAAGGUCGGAUUCGAGGAAAGCAAGGUCUAUUUCCAGGAAACUAUGUGGAGAAGAUCUAACUUCUGUGGCUAAAUCGCUGGAUUCUGCCCUGGGAUCUACAAGAUAAAAUCGUGUUCUCAUAACUAUUUCGAAUUUGGUUCUCAUCCUGUUCCAGGGGGGCAAAUGUUACGCACCCUGGGCCGUUUUUACUCACACAGACUAUUUCAUUAAAUGCGGUGUCUAUGUAUAUACAGAACUCAUGUCCCCCCUGUUUUUAUAUUUGAGCGGCACUGUCUGGAGCUGGACAUUUUUCCCAGUUCGCAAACUUCCCUAGGUUUUUAUAAAAAAUUAAACAAAACAAAAAAUCCUGUAAUUUGUCUGAGCUCAGGAAAUCUCUCAAUAAAACCAUUAAUACUCAAAA